AUGAAUUUCAAUGUGCCUCGACCUUUUCUGCCAUGCCUACUAGGGGGAGCCUCCUUUGCGUUAACCUCCGUGGUCACCCUUCUCGACGGUUUAUGCUUGACCUCCUUCAAAGACUUCUCGCCUAAUGUUCGCUCAAUCGAAUCUGCCGUUACAGCCCUGAGUGCAGCGAACUGUGCCAUGCUCGUCGUUACAAUCUUAUUUUGGCUGACAGAUAUCAACAAUGAGAAUACAAGACAAUUAAGCGCGUACCGAAGGCGCGUAUAUUACAUCCUGAUUGCCUACUCGGCUAUGACCACAGGGGUGACCGCCGGAGGUAUAGCAUGGGGCACGGCACAGGUCAUGAUAGAGCAACAGCAAAUGUCACUACGUCCAAGACAGCGACUGUUGCUGGUAACUCGUAGUGUCAUAUGGGCAAUUUCUGUCCUUACCCAGGGCCUCUUUGGUGGGCUUCUCUUAAUGACACUAGCAAAACAGACCAGCCGCAGCAGAUGGUUGACGUCGCUAUCUCACGAUCUUGAUGCCAUUCAAGAAGAGUUAGCUGUAGACAACAGACUGGAGUCAACAAAGCAGCCGCAACUUGUAGUUGACUCACCGAAAAAAUCCACAGAUCGAAAGCGGAGCUGUGAUGGUUCGAUUGGGAUCCAACAAUCUACGUCAAGUGCUGCGUCUUUGAUCUCGAAGCGCUACUCAGGCCGAACGUUAUACCAGCAAGAUUCCAAACACAGUUCUAUUGACUUUAAUCCGCCAAUAACCUAUCCUGAAUGCGUUGCAAUGCGCAAUACGUUCAAUGGCUGUCUCUGCGGACAUAGCAGCUACGCUGCGGGGGCCGAUGGCGACGCUGGGUCACGCAAGACACAGGGGAAUAAACCAGAGUUUAGGUGCUCUUUGGAUACUUUGCGACGGCAAACUUCAUUGAGGAAGUCAUCGGAUACUUCAAGAUCACUUCAGCCAGAGGCUCCCAACAAGGGUGGGCCCCCAAAACUAACACUGUCUGAUGAGAGUAAUAUCCAUCCACUUUUUCGUUCUAACAGUCCAACCCCUCCACCUACAGCUAUGCCUGGGACCACCGUUAUUGCAUCUCCAGCGGCUGGACAAACCAUCUCUAUGAAAGCAUUACAUAGGAUGAAAUCGACCAAUUCACUCCGGUCCUACACUCCACGAAGUCGGUCACCCCUGUUUGAGCGAACUGGUCAUGUCGAUGAAGAAGUACAUUCAAAGAAUGGACUAGGUGAUGGUCGAUGUGAGCUCAGCAAUGACCAGACAUUCGCAAUACCAAAAUUUGUUAUGGCUGCGGAUCUGCGAAGGAGCAUAACACAGUAUGAGAAGAGGUACGAUUUGAUAGAAUCCCCUCAUGAAAGCUAG